AUGGCGAAGGAAGAAGAGGAUGAGAAGAAAGCCAAGAAAGGGAAGAAGGGGAAGAAGGCGCCGGAGCCGGAGAAGCCCAAGCGGAGCCUGAAGGGGACGUCGCGGCUGUUCAUGGGCUUCCGAGACCGCACGCCCAAGAUCUCCAAGAAGGGGCAGUUCCGGAGCGCGUCGGCCUUCUUCUGGGGCCUCCACACCGGACCCCAGAAGACCAAACGCAAGAAGAAGGCGCGCACGGUGCUCAAGUCCACGUCGAAGCUCAUGACGCAGAUGCGCGUGGGCAAGAAGAAGCGCGCCAUGAAGGGCAAGAAGCCGUCCUUCAUGGUGAUCCGCUUCCCUGGCCGGCGCGGCUACGGCCGCCUGCGCCCGCGUGCCCAGUCGCUCAGCAAGGCGUCCACGGCCAUCAACUGGCUCACCAAGAAAUUCCUCAUCAAGAAGGCCGAGGAGUCGGGCAGCGCGCAGGCCACGCUGGACGCCUGGCUGGACCGCUCCGGCUCCCGCAUGGGCUCACGCAAGCUGCCCUUCCCGUCGGGCGCCGAGAUCCUGCAGCCCGGGGGUCGCCUGCGCAGGUUCCCGCGCGCCCACAGCAUCUACGCGUCGGGCGAGCCCGUGGGCUUCCUGCCCUUCGAGGACGAGGCCCCGUUCCGGCACUCGGGCUCCCGCAGGUCGCUGUACGGGCUGGAGGGCUUCCAGGACCUGGGCGAGUACUACGACUACCACCGCGAGGGUGAUGACUACUACGACCGGCAGUCGCUGUACCAGUACGAGGAGGAGCCCUACCGGGGCGCCUACGGCCUCCACGGCCCGGCCUGGCCGCCCUAUGACUACCUGCACGGAUACCCGCCCGAGAACCCCUACGACUACUACGGCCCAGACUACUACGGGGGCUCCUUCUACUCCGACUACGGCUACCGCUAUGGCUACGACGACUACGAGCCUCCCUACGCGCCCCCGUCGGGGUUCGCGUCUCCCUACGGCUACUACGACGCAUACGCCGGCGAGGCGCAACCUCACGGCUACUACCAGGACUCCUACGCCCCUUCCGACGCGCUUUACCCGCCCUACCCGCCCUACCCGCCCUACGACCUCACCUACGACCUCCCGUAUGCCAGGCCCUACCCGGAUACCUACGGGGCGCCCUACCCGGAUACCUACGGGGCGCCCUACCCGGACGCCUACGCGCCGCCCUACCUGGAUCCCUACGCGCCGCCCUACAGCGUCCCCUACGGUGCCUCCCACGGAGUCCCCUACGCCGAAGGCAUCUAUGGUGGCGGGGACCAGGCCAUCUACCCCCCCGAGGGGCCCUAUCUUCCGCCGGAGCAGUCGGCCUUCGCAUACCCGUGGGUGCCGCCGCCCAUCCUGUCGCCUCACAACCCGUACGCCCACCCCAUGGACGACAUCGCGGAGCUGGAGGAGCCCGAGGAGGCGGGCGGUGAGCGGCAGGGCACCUCCUUCCGCCUGCCCAGCGCCGCCUUCUUCGAGCAGCAGGGCAUGGACAAACCCGCCAGGUCCAAGUUGUCCCUCAUCCGCAGGUUCCGCCUCUUCCCGAGGCCCCAAGUGAAGCUGUUUGGGAAGGAGAAGUUGGACGUGCCCCUGCCGCCCUCCCUGGACAUCCCUCUGCCCUUGGGAGAUACAGACGAAGACGAAGAAGAGGAUGAGAUACCGCCGCUCCCCCCGGUGCCCUACGGCCACCCCUUCUGGGGCUUCCUCACGCCGCGGCAGCGCCGCCUCCAGCGCGCCCUCUCGGCCUUCGGCGCCCCCCGGGGCCUGGGCUUCAGCUCGGACUUCAGAUGCCCAGCGCCGCGCCCGGCCACUUCGCUGGCGCGGUUCCUCAAAAAGACCCUGUCGGAAAAGGAGCCCAUCCCACGGCUGAGGGGCAGCCAGAAGGCCCGGGCGCGAGGCCCGGCGGUCAGGGAGGCGGCCUACAAGCGCUUCGGCUACAAGCUGGCCGGCAUGGACCCCGACCGGCCCGGCACGCCCAUCGUGCUGCGGAGGGCGCAGGCGCGCGUGCGCAACAACAACAACUCCCGCCGUCCGCCGACCCCGCCGCGCGCCCCCGGCCCCGCCCCCGGCCCCGGCCCCGGCCCCGGCCCCGCCGGCCUGACCCCGGGCCUGCCUCCAACUGCCUCGCCCUACGGCUCGCUCCGCCGGCACCCGCCGCCCUGGGCCGCCCCGGCUCACGUGCCCCUCGCACCCCAGGCCAGCUGGUGGGCCUUGGCCGAGCCCCCGCCCGUGAGCCCCGAGGGGCCCCCUGACCCUCUGGCCUUCCCCGGACCUUGGCUCUCUUUCAGGGGCUCCCGCCGGCGGGGCGCGGCCUUCGGCUUCCCCGGGCCCUCACCCCGGCCCUCGCUGAGGAGCCCGCCCCGCCUGGGGUACCGCUCACCCCUGGGGCCCCGCUCGCCCCUGGGGCCCUUGUCCCCCCAGCCCUCCGUCCGCCGCGGCCCCUUCCGGCCGCCCUUCUCGCCGCCGCCCUGCCGUCCCCGCUCGCUGCGGGAGCCCCCGUCCCCGCGCCGAGCCUCGGGGCGCCCGGGCGCACCCCGGUCGCCCAUGCUGGGCUCCCCGCGGCCGCCCUCGCCACCCCCUCUGCUGGGCCCCAGCCCGCGAAACCGCUCGCUCAACUUGCCCUCGCGCCUCCCGCGCACGUGGCGCAGCCUCAGCGAGCCUCCCACCAGGGCUGUGAAGCCCCGGCCGCGCCAGCCCUUCCCCCUGCCACCCGGCCCUGGGUCUUGGCGGGCGGCUGCUGCUGCCGCUGCCCCUGUUCCUGAGCACCGCGAGAGCCAGCGCGAGCCCGAGGACUCGGAGACGCCCUGGACAGUGCCCCCGCUGGCCCCCAGCUGGGACGUGGACAUGCCUGACACCCACCGGCCACCCUCGCCCUGGCCGGGAGGCCCAGGCAGCCUCCGUGGCUUCUCCAGGCCACCCCCUCCACCCCCAAACCCCUUCCUCCAGCACGUGGGCCCAGGGCUAUCCCCUGCUCCCCAGCCUGAAGAUCCCGCCUCUGACUCAACCGGUAUCUUCCUGGGUAGACACCACGACCCAGGGCCUGGACAGCUGACCAAAUCAGCCAACCCGAGCCUCAAGAAGCCUGAAGAAGAGGCCUGCCCGGAGGACCCCCAGCCACCAGCAGAGCCUGAACGCCCGACCCUGACACCCGCUAAGGAUUUCCUCUCAGAGCGGAAAGCACUGAGGCUCAGCUUCUCCUACCCGCUGGCCACCUCUGAGCAGAUGAGGGCCACGUGGCCACCAUGGCGCCGCUGGGGGACACUGCCCAGGGCCCCAGCCCCCUUGGCGCCCUCUGGGGCCCCAGGACCCCUGCCCAAGGCAGGUGAAUGGCUCCAGGCAAGCCCUGGGCGUUUUGCUGUGGUCAUGCCUCGUGUGCAAAAGCUGAGCUCUUUUCAGCGAGCUUGUCCUGCUACCCAGCAGCCUCCCAUCCAGGAGCCAGAGCCCAGGCCCAGGCUGAGAGCCUGGAGUCUGCUCUGGUCCCGCCUCUGGCUGCCGGCGGAGGCCCACCAACCCUGCACACGAGUACACGCUCGCCCCCCGUCCUGCCGCCUGCGCCCUGGAGCUGCCUGCCUGCCCCACGGGGGCUCCGGGGAAAAGGUUGGCCCCAAAGGCUGGUGGAACAAGAUGCACUCCAUCCGCAACCUGCCGUCCACACGGUUCCGCGAGCAGCAGCGGGAGGACGGCGUGGAGGACAUGACGCAGCUGGAAGACCUCCAGGAGACCACUGUGCUGGCCAACCUCAAGACCAGAUUUGAACGGAACCUCAUCUACACGUACAUCGGCAGCAUCCUGGUGUCGGUGAACCCGUACCGGAUGUUUGGAAUCUACGGGCUGGAGCAAGUGCAGCAGUACAGCGGGCGGGCGCUGGCUGAGAAUUCCCCGCACCUCUUUGCAAUUGCAAAUCUCGCCUUCGCCAAAAUGCUCGAUGCCAAACAGAACCAGUGCAUAAUCAUCAGCGGAGAGAGCGGCUCUGGAAAAACUGAGGCCACGAAGCUGAUUCUGCGCUACCUGGCUGCCAUGAACCAGAAACGGGGCGUCACACGGCAGAUAAAGAUCCUGGAGGCCACACCCCUCCUGGAGUCCUUCGGUAACGCCAAAACUGUCAGGAAUGACAACUCCAGCCGCUUCGGGAAGUUUGUGGAGAUCUUUCUGGAAGGGGGCGUGAUUUCUGGUGCCAUAACCUCUCAGUACCUGCUUGAGAAAUCCAGGAUCGUGUUUCAGGCCAAAAACGAGAGGAACUACCACAUCUUCUACGAGCUGCUGGCCGGGCUGCCCGCCCAGCUCCGGCAGGCCUUCAGCCUGCAGGAGGCCGAGACCUACUACUACCUGAACCAGGGUGGGAACUGUGAGAUCUCAGGGAAGAGCGACGCGGACGACUUCCGCCGGCUGCUGGCCGCCAUGGAGGUGCUGGGCUUCAGCGCCGAGGACCAGGACAGCAUCUUCCGCAUCCUGGCCUCCAUCCUGCACCUGGGCAACGUCUACUUUGAGAAGUAUGAGACGGACGCACAGGAGGUUGCCUCGGUGGUGAGCGCCCGGGAGAUCCAGGCCGUGGCCGAGCUGCUGCAGGUCUCCCCCGAGGGCCUGCAGAAGGCCAUCACCUUCAAAGUGACCGAGACGAUGCGAGAGAAGAUCUUCACCCCCCUGACCGUGGAGAGCGCCGUGGAUGCCAGGGAUGCCAUCGCCAAGGUCCUGUACGCGCUGCUGUUUGGCUGGCUCACCGCCAGGGUCAACGCGCUGGUGUCCCCGCAGCAGGACGCGCUGUCCAUCGCCAUCCUGGACGUCUAUGGCUUCGAGGACCUGAGCUUCAACAGCUUCGAGCAGCUGUGCAUCAACUACGCGAACGAGAGCCUCCAGUACCUCUUCAACAAGAUCGUCUUCCAGGAGGAGCAGGAGGAGUACAUCCGCGAGCAGAUCGACUGGCGGGAGAUCGCCUUCGCCGACAAUCAGCCCUGCAUCAACCUCAUCUCGCUGAAGCCCUACGGCAUCCUGCGCAUCCUCGACGACCAGUGCUGCUUCCCGCAGGCCACAGACCACACAUUUCUGCAGAAGUGCCAUUACCACCAUGGCGCCAACCCACUCUACUCCAAACCCAAGAUGCCACUGCCCGAGUUCACCAUCAAGCACUAUGCGGGCAAAGUCACCUACCAGGUGCACAAGUUCCUGGACAAGAACCAUGACCAGGUGCGCCAGGACGUGCUGGACCUGUUUGUGCGGAGCCGGACACGGGUGGUGGCACACCUCUUCUCCAGCCACGCCCUGCAGGCUGCCCCUCAGCGCCUGGGCAAGAGCAGCUCCGUCACCCGGCUCUACAAGGCGCACACGGUGGCCGCUAAGUUCCAGCAGUCGCUCCUGGAUCUGGUGGAAAAGAUGGAGAGGUGUAACCCCUUGUUCGUCAGGUGCCUGAAGCCCAACCACAAGAAGGAGCCAGGCCUCUUUGAGCCAGAGGUGGUGAUGGCCCAGUUACGCUAUUCGGGGGUGCUGGAGACUGUGCGGAUCCGCAAGGAGGGCUUUCCGGUGCGGCUGCCCUUCCAGGUGUUCAUCAACAGGUACCGCUGUCUAGUGGCCCUCCAGCACAACCUACCAGCCAGUGGGGACAUGUGUGUGUCUGUGCUGAGCCGCCUGUGCACGGUCACGCCAAACAUGUACCGCGUCGGCAUCAGCAAGCUGUUCCUGAAGGAGCACCUGCACCAGCUGCUGGAGGGCAUGCGGGAGCACGUCCUGAACCUGGCGGCCCUCACGCUGCAGCGCUGCCUCCGCGGCUUCUUCAUCCAGCGGCGCUUCCGCUCCCUGCGCCGCAAGAUCAUCUUGCUGCAGAGCCGGGCCCGUGGCUACCUGGCCAGGCAGCGGUAUCAGCAGAUGAGGAGGCGUCUGGUGAAGUUCCGGGCCCUGGUGCACACGUGCACAAGCCACCGGCGUCACCUCAAGGAGCUGAGCAAGCGGCAGGUGGUGUCUGUGGGGCACCUGGAGGUCCCGGUGGAGCUGGCUGGGCUCCUGCGAGCAGUGGCGGGCCUCAGGACGGGCCAGGUGCCCCGGGUGGCCCCCGUGCGGACUCCCCGGCUUCAGGCUGAGCCCCGGGUCACGCUGCCCCUGGAUAUCAACAACUACCCCAUGGCCAAGUUUGUCCGGUGCCACUUCAAGGAACCUGCCUUCGGGAUGCUGACACUGCCCCUGAGGACGCCCCUCACACGGCUGCCGGCGGAGUAUCAUGCAGAGGCCGUGGGCAUCUUCAAGCUGAUCCUGCGUUUCAUGGGCGACCCCCAGCUGCAUGGAGCCCGGGACCAUGUCUUCGGGAACUACAUCGUGCAGAAAGGGCUGGCGGUGCCCGAGCUGCGGGAUGAGAUCCUGGCGCAGCUGGCCAACCAGGUGUGGCGCAACCCCAGUGCCCACAACGCUGAGCGGGGCUGGCUCCUGCUGGCCGCCUGCCUUGGCGGCUUUGCGCCUUCCCCGCGCCUCGACAAGUACCUGCUCAAGUUUGUGUCUGAUUAUGGGCGGAAUGGCUUCCAGGCUGUGUGUCAACAUCGCCUCAUGCAGGCCAUGGGCCAGGCCCAACAGCAGGGCCCUGGCGCUGCCCGCACCUUCCCUCCGACCCAGCUCGAGUGGACAGCAACCCAGGAGAAGGCCGGGAUGGCGCUGGACGUGGGCUGCUUCAACGGUGACCAGCUCUCCUGCCCAGUGCACUCCUGGAGUACGGGGGAAGAGGUGGCCGGAGACAUUCUGAGGCACAGGGGGCUGGCCGACGGCUGGCGGGGCUGGACGGUGGCUAUGAAGAAGGGGGUCCAGUGGGCAGAGCUGGCCGGCCACGACUACGUGCUGGACCUGGUGUCGGACCUCGAGCUACUCAGGGAGUUCCCGCGACAGAAAGCCUACUUCAUCGUGGGUGCAGAGGGGCCCACGGCUGGCAGGGGAGGUCCCAGGGUUUUUGGAAACAGCUGGGACUCGGACGAGGAUGUGCCCACUAGGCCCCAGCCCCCGGGGCACGUGCCCGUCGUGGCCAACUCCGAUGGGUACUGCAGCCACAAUGAGGACGGUACAAAUGGGGAGAUUGAGGCACAGAGAGGGACAGCGACCCACCAAGACUCGGACGGCCGUGGGGAGCCCGCUGUGCCCCACAAAGGACUGGACUGCUACCUGGAUAGCCUCUUCGACCCCGUGCUGUCCUACGGGGAUGCGGACCUGGAGAAGCCAACAGCCAUUGCCUACCGCAUGAAAGGGGGAGGCCAACCUGGUGGAGAUGGCAGUGGCGGCAGCAAAGGCACCCCCCGGAGACCUCCAGAGCCAAAGCCAAAGCUAAUUCCAGGCCUGGACGCCCCCACGUUGGCCCUGCAGCAAGCCUUCCUCCACAAGCAGGCUGUGCUGCUGGCCCGGGAGAUGACCCUGCAGGCCAUGGCGCUCCAGCAGCAGCCCCUGAGUCCCAGCCCAAGGCCAUCGCCCCCAGAGAAACCCCUAGCGCCAGAGGCCCGGCCGAAGUUCGUAGGCACUGGACUCCCGGCCAAGCCCGUGCUCUUGCGCUCCGCUCCAAAGCCUGUGGCUCCUGCUCCUCUGGUCAAGGCCCUGAGGCCCCCCACCAAGCCCGUGGCUGCCCCCAUUCUAGCUCAGGGCCGGGCUUCUCCAGAAUCCACUUCGCCCGGCCUAGAGCUGGUCCGGUCCUCGACCCUCAACUCGGAGCACUUCCCGCAGCCCACGCAGCAGAUCAAGGACAUCGUCAGGCAGCACCAGCAGCCGCCCCGGGGAGGCCGGCCCGAGGCCUUCAGGAAGGACGGCGGGAGGGUGUUCGUGAAGCGGCCAGACCCCCACGAGGAGGCCCUGAUGAUCCUGAGGGGGCAGAUGAGCCAUGCAGCGGCAGCACCUGGCACCCAGGUCCCCAGAGAGGCCGUAGCCCUGGUGAAGCCAGUGACCAGCACACCAAGGCCAUCCGUGGGGCCCGCUCCAGCGCUGUCCUCACGGUCCCUGGAGCCGGCCGAGGACCCCGUGCAGACGCGGCUGCACCGCCUCCUCAGCCCCGACUUCUACGGCUACCAGGAUGCCCCCUGGCAGAUCUUCCUGCGCAAAGAGGUGUUCUACCCCAAGGACAGCUACAGCCACCCCGUGCCGCUGGACCUGCUGUUCCGCCAGAUCCUGCACGACACACUCUCCGAGGCCUGCCUGCGCAUCUCUGCGGAGGAGAGGCUCCAGAUGAAAGCCCUGUUUGCCCAGAACCAGCUGGACACACAAAGGCCUUUGGUGACGGAGAGUGUGAAGCGGGCCGUGGUCAGCAUUGCACGCGACAGCUGGGAGGUCUAUUUCUCCCGCCUCUUCCCUGCCACGGGCAGCGUGGGCACCGGCGUGCAGAUCCUAGCUGUGUCCCACACGGGCAUCAAACUCCUGCGCGUGGUCAAGGGCAGCCACGAGGCCGGUGGGCAGCUUCGGGUCCUGCGCACAUACAGCUUUGCAGAUAUCCUGUUUGUGACCAUCCCCUCCCAGAACAUGCUGGAGUUCAACUUGGCCAGCGAGAAGGUCAUUCUCUUCUCAGCCCGAGCUCACCAGGUCAAGACCCUGGUGGACGACUUCAUCCUGGAGCUGAAGAAGGACUCGGACUACGUGGUCGCUGUGAGGAACUUCCUGCCUGAGGACCCAGCGCUGCUGGCCUUCCACAAGGGCGACAUCAUCCACCUGCAGCCCCUGGAGCCACCUCGAAUGGGCUACAGUGCUGGCUGUGUGGUCGGCAAGAAGGUCGUGUACCUGGAGGAGCUGCGGCGUCGAGGUCCUGACUUCGGUUGGCGAUUUGGGACCAUCCAUGGGCGUGUGGGCCGCUUCCCUUCCGAGCUGGUGCAGCCUGCGGCUGCCCCCGACUUUCUGCAGCUGCCUGCCGAGCCGGGCCGGGGCCGCGCUGCCGCCGUGGCCGCUGCCGUGGCCUCCACUGCCGCUGCCCGGGAGGUGGGCCGCAGGAGGGAGGGUCCCCCAGUCAGGGCUGGCUCCGCGGACCACGGGGAGGACGGCCUGGCUCUCCCACCGUACACAAUGCUCGAGUUUGCCCAGAAGUAUUUCCGAGACCCUCAGAGGAGACCCCAGGACGGCCUCAGGUCGAAAUCCAAGGAGGGUCGGGAGUCCAGAACCUUGGAGGACAUGCUUUGCUUCACCAAGACCCCGCUCCAGGACUCCCUCAUUGAGCUCAGCGACAGCAGCCUCAACAAGAUGGCCACAGACAUGUUUCUAGCUGUGAUGCGGUUCAUGGGGGAUGCCUCGCUGAAGGGCCAGAGUGAACUGGACGUGCUUUGCACCCUCCUGAAGCUGUGCAGGGACCAUGAGGUCAUGCGGGACGAGUGUUACUGCCAAGUUGUGAAGCAGAUCACAGACAACACCAGCACCAAGCAGGACAGCUGCCAGCGAGGCUGGAGGCUGCUGUACAUCGUGGCUGCCUACCGCAGCUGCUCCGAAGUCCUCCAGCCACACCUCGUUCGCUUCCUCCAAGCCGUGGGCCGGACCCCGGGCCUGCCCUUCCAGGGGAUUGCCAAGGCCUGUGAGCAGAACCUGCAGAGAACACUGCGCUUCGGUGGCCGUCUGGAGCUCCCCGGCAGCAUGGAGCUUCGGGCCGUGUUGGCCGGCCGCAGUUCCAAGAGGCAGCUCUUUCUUCUCCCCGGAGGCCUCGAGCGCCAUCUCAAGAUCAAAACGUGCACUGUGGCCCUGGACGUGGUGGAGGAGAUCUGUGCUGAGAUGGCUCUGACCCGCCCCGAGGCCUUUGAUGAGUAUGUCAUCUUUGUUGUCACCAACCGAGGCCAGCACGUGUGCCCACUCAGCCGCCGCGCCUACAUCCUGGACGUGGCCUCGGAGAUGGAGCAGGUGGACGGUGGCUACACGCUGUGGUUCCGGCGCGUGCUCUGGGAUCAGCCGCUCAAGUUCGAGAAUGAGCUCUACGUGACCAUGCACUACAACCAGGUGCUGCCCGACUACCUGAAGGGCCUGUUCAGCAGCAUGCCGGCCGGCCAGCCCGGCGAGCAGCAGCUGCAGCAGGUGUCCAAGCUGGCCGCGCUGCAGCACCGAGCCAAGGACCAUUUCUACCUGCCCAGCACGCGCGAGGCCCAGGAGUACAUCCCAGCCCAGCUCUACCGCACUGUGGCCGGCUCGGCGUGGCUCAGCCUGCUCGGCCAGCACCGGCAGCAGAUGCAGGCGCUCAGCCCCCACCAGGCUCGCGCCCAGUUUCUGGGCCUCCUCAGCGCCUCGCCCAUGUUCGGCUCCUCCUUCUUCUCCGUCCAGAGCUGCAGCAACGUCGCGGUGCCCGCCCCCUGCGUCCUGGCGGUCAACCAGAACGGCCUCAACUUCCUCAGCACCGAGACGCACGAGCUGAUGGUGAAGUUCUCCCUGAAGGAGAUCCAGUCGACGAGGACCCAGCGGCCCACGGCCAGCUCCAGCUACCCGUACGUGGAGAUCGCACUGGGGGAUGUGGCGGCCCAGCGCACCAUGCAGCUGCAGCUGGAGCAGGGCCUGGAGCUGUGUCGCGUGGUGGCCGUGCACGUGGAGAACCUGCUCAGUGCCCGUGAGAAGCGGCUCACGCUGCCCCCCAGCGAGAUCACGCUGCUCUGACCCAGCCCCCAGCCCCCAGCUGCCCUGUGCCAGGAGGCUUGCUGUGUGGUCCCAGGGGAGUUACUGGGCCAGAACCUUAGGGGAGACCAAGAGGCAGUAGGUGGCGUGGCGCAAGCCCCCAGGAACCUGAGAAGACUGAUCCUGAGUUAGGAUGGAGUUGCAGUGUGCAAACUUGGGUCAGAUGGCAGGAGGGACUUCCAAAGACUUGACCAGUGGGGCCUCCUGCCACCUACCACUGUGGCCCUGCCCCGACUCCCCCUGCGGCAGGGAAGCCCCACACCAGUAGCCUAGACAAACUGAACCUGCUUUUGCUUUCCUUGGGGUCUGAUGUUCAAAUCUCCAUCUCCCUGUCCUGGUCCCUCACAUGUCCCCCUCAGGUGCCCCUGCACUGCUGCGGAGCUUGGAUUCCUGGCUCUUGGUCAUUUCUGUGCAAAUAAAAGGUACGCCUGGCA